AUGGCGGUAGCUCAAGAUGGCAACAGUAAUAUCUUUCUAGUUGCUUUUGCUCUUGUGGAGGGUGAGACAGCGGAUGGUUUGGGUUUCUUUCUAAAGAACUUGAGAAUGCAUGUAGCCCCUCAGCCUGACAUGUGUUUGAUUUCAGACAAACAUGCAUCAAUUGAAAGUGCGUACAAUAAUCCAGACAAUGGUUAUGCUUUAAACCAACCAACAUUUCACUACUACCGAAAUAAAAUUGAUAUGGCUAAUGGUGAUGCUUUAAGGUGGUUAGACAAUAUUCCAGUGGGAAAAUGGACGAGGGAAUUUGAUGGAGGUCGGCGUUGGGGUCACAUGACAAUAAACCUAGUUGAAUCGAUGAACUCAAUCUUCAAAGGCACACGUAAUCUACCCAUUACGGAGUUGGUACGUGCAACAUACUAUAGGAUGGGAUCACUAUUUGCUGAAAAGGGUGCUAAGUGGGGUGCAGUUUUGAAUUCUGGAAAAACAUUUACUGAAAGCUGCAUAAAGGUGAUGAAAGAAGAAACAUCAAAAUCCAACACACAUCAGGUAAGGAUAUUUGACUACAAUCAUAACACUUUCAGUGUGAAGGAGACAAUGGAUCAUGGUGAGGGAAAACAUAUGAGAGAUUAUAAGGUAAACCUAAUAGAUCUUUGGUGUGACUACGGAAAGUAUCAAGCAUAUCGUGUUCCUUGUUCACAUGUUAUUGCUGCAUGUUCUGUGGUGCGCCAAGACGCAUAUGCUCUAUUCUCCGACGUUUACAGGGUUGCAAACUUAUUCGGUGUUUACAUCACAAGCUUUCCAUUUAUACCAUACGAUGAGUAUUGGCCCUCUUUUGAUGGAGAUCAAAAUUUCCAUAAUCCAAUAAUGCAUAGGAACAAUAAAGGCCGCCCAGUGAGCUCACGUAUUAGAACAGAAAUGGACAGAUAUGAUAAGUUAGAGAGAAAAUGUGUGUUGUGUCGUCUUCCUGGUCACAAUCGAACUAAUUGUCCAAAUGGUGGAACCAUUAAUAACUAG